CCCGGCCGGGGGGCGGCGGCGGCGGCGGCGGGGGCGGCCGGGGCGGCCGUGGCCGGGACGAUGACCCUGGAGUCCAUGAUGGCGUGUUGCCUGAGCGACGAGGUGAAGGAGUCCAAGCGCAUCAACGCCGAGAUCGAGAAGCAGCUGCGGCGGGACAAGCGCGACGCCCGGCGCGAGCUCAAGCUGCUGCUGCUGGGCACGGGCGAGAGCGGGAAGAGCACCUUCAUCAAGCAGAUGCGCAUCAUCCACGGUGCCGGUUACUCGGAGGAGGACAAGCGCGGCUUCACCAAGCUGGUCUACCAGAACAUCUUCACGGCCAUGCAGGCCAUGAUCCGCGCCAUGGACACGCUCAAGAUCCUCUACAAGGACGAGCAGAACAAGGCCAACGCGCUGCUGAUCCGCGAGGUGGACGUGGAAAAGGUGACGACGUUCGAUCAGCGCUAUGUGGCAGCCAUCAAGACGCUGUGGAGCGACCCGGGCAUCCAGGAGUGCUACGACCGGCGCCGCGAGUACCAGCUCUCGGACUCGGCCAAGUACUAUCUGACAGACGUGGACCGCAUCGCCACCUCGGGCUACCUGCCCACCCAGCAGGACGUGCUGCGGGUGCGCGUGCCCACCACGGGCAUCAUCGAGUACCCCUUCGACCUGGAGAACAUCAUCUUCAGGAUGGUGGACGUGGGGGGCCAGCGCUCGGAGCGCCGGAAGUGGAUCCACUGCUUCGAGAACGUCACGUCUAUUAUGUUCCUCGUGGCCCUCAGCGAGUACGACCAGGUGCUGGUGGAGUCGGACAAUGAGAACCGCAUGGAGGAGAGCAAGGCGCUGUUCCGCACCAUCAUCACCUACCCCUGGUUCCACAACUCCUCCGUCAUCCUCUUCCUCAACAAGAAGGACCUGCUGGAGGACAAGGUGCUGCACUCGCACCUGGUCGACUACUUCCCCGAGUUCGACGGGCCCCAGCGGGACGCGCAGGCCGCCCGCGAGUUCAUCCUGAAGAUGUUCGUGGACCUGAACCCCGACAGCGACAAGAUCAUCUACUCGCACUUCACCUGCGCCACGGACACGGAGAACAUCCGCUUCGUGUUCGCGGCCGUGAAGGACACCAUCCUGCAGCUCAACCUCAAGGAGUACAACCUGGUGUGACGCCGCGCGCGCCGCCGCUUUUCUACAAAACAAAAAGGAAAAAAAAAUCAGC